GGAGGAGGUGGUGGUGGUGGGGGUGGCGAUCGGUCGCCACCUCCGACGCUGAGGCCGCCUCACGCAAGGCAGCGCGUUUAGUUUUAUUGUUGUUAUAAUUAUUAUUGUUGUUGUCGUUGUGGCGGCGGUGGCUGUUGUUGUUGUUGACAAUGGAGCCAAAGACGAGUCGCCUGGACAUGCAGCACGGAUUCGUUCAUCACAUCCGGAGAAAUCAAAUCGCCAGGGACGACUACGACCGGGAGAUCCGGGAGGCUCGCGGGGGCCACAGGCAGAGACGAACUCCGGCACCAACACGGCCACGGCGGCCAGACCAGAGGGUCUACCAGCCGCCACGCCGCUCCGGGGGCGGUGAAGCCAGCGAGGACCCCGGAGACAGCGAAGAGGAGGAGGAGGAGGAGCUUCCAGGCCCGGCAUCAGCCAAUGGGAGAGCGGCGUCGCCCGACCGGAGGCAAGGGGCGGCCAAUCGGAGAGCGGCGUCGCCCGACCGGAGGCCCGGGGCGGCCAAUCGGAGCGACGGGUCGCCGGACGGGCACGGGCGGCGGGACGCGACCAAUCGGGAGCCGGCAUUGGCGGAACGUGGACGAGAUUCGGCCAAUCGGAGACCAGAGGCGAACCGGAGGCGGGCCUUGGCGGAGCACGCAGCGGCACAGGCCAAUCGGAAGGCAGAGUCGAGUCGGCACAUGGCAUCGGCCAACGGGGGGCCGGCGUCGGGGGAGCACGGCCGGGAUUCAACCAAUCGGAAGCCGGCGCCAACGGAGCACAGAGCAACAGGGGCGGCCAAUCAGAGGCCGGCAUUGAGCGAGCGGAGGGCUGCGUCAGCCAAUGGGAGGUUCCGGCUGGAGUUUGAGGACGACUGGGGCUCUGUGACAUCGCUCAUCGUGAACCCAGGGGACGACCCAGGGGAGCUAGCCUCCCUGCUGGCUCAGCGCUGUCGGCUGGACGAGCGAACGGAGCUGGCGCUGAGAGCGAGGAUCACUUCGGAGAUGAACAGAGAACAGAGAACCCAGAGUUGAUACACACACACAGAUACA